AUGCGGCGGAGGGUACCAUAUAGUCAAUGGUGGAGGGUUUGGGGGCUGACGCACGGCCUUACCACCGCCAAUCCCUGGAUCCUGGCGGCCGCGGCUGCGCCCUGCCGCGCCUUCCGCGGCGACCGUCGCCGCCGUCGCGACGGUGAGAGAGGGCGCCGCGACGACCCGGUGGCGGGGAGGACUCUGAGGGCAGACGUUCCAAAGCCACCCCGACGGAGAGACACGCCGAGACGCCCCUGCCAUUGGGAGCCCUUCGGUCUUAACUCGGUUGUAAAUUCGGCUGAAAAGGUGGAGGGCCCGGGGACGCGAGGAGUCAAGGAGUCGGUGAACGACUCGAAGGACGAAGACGGAUCAGACGUCGCCUCGACUUUGAGCGGCCUGCUCGCCGGUCUUCCGACCUUGGCGGGCCCCCAACGCCUCGCCAACUCCCUCAGGCAGAAAUUCGCCAGCAACUCCGAGGGAUGGCGAGACUCGGUGUUGGGGGCCCCGCGUCGUUUAUUGGUGACUCUCGGCAGUCUCUCCAGGGACAGUUCGCCAUGUCCUGCCGCGGAAAUCGUGAUCCUUAAAUUACAAAAAAAAACGUGA